UAAACAAUACAGACUAACUAGACUUGUCAAUUGUAAUAAUUUUGGUAGUAUUUUAUUAUAUACUGUGAAUGUGAAUUUCUAAGUUAGUAUUAGUUUAAUUUUCUGCAAUAAAAUUGAUUAUUGAUUGGAUAUUGGACAAGUUGUAAUCCGGAUGUCGAGAUUUUAUUAUUAUCGAGUACAAUGUUUUUAAACAGUUUCUGGAUUUUUUUUACAAUAACAACAAUAGCCGUAACAACACAUGCCUCACCGUCAGCCUUGUUUUUGACUCCAUUUAUAAACCAGAAUAAAACAAAAGAAGUGAGACUUUUAUCCCGAGUUGAUCCAGAAUACUUUCUCAAUGUGACCAGUUAUUCCGGCUUCCUUACUGUUGAUGAAAGAUAUAAUUCGAAUUUAUUCUUUUGGUACUUUCCCUCACCUAAUAAGGAAGAAUCAAACAAAGAAUGGAUCAUUUGGCUACAAGGUGGGCCUGGUUCCACCAGCCUUGUGGGACUUUUUUCCGAAAUGGGACCAUUUGAAUAUAUCGAUGACCAAUUGAAAUUGAGAGAAACUUCAUGGUGUAAAGAUUUCUCAAUGGUGUUCAUAGACAACCCUGUGGGAGCCGGUUUUAGUUUCACUGACAGUCAAGAAGGUUAUUCUGUAAACAUGGACACGUAUUCAGAGAACUUGUAUCGGGCUGUAAAACAGCUCGUGGUAGCGUACCCCGAGUUGGGGCCGUCCCCGCUCUACGUAGCGGGCGAGUCGUACGCCGGCCGGUACGCGCCCGGUCUUGCCGAUAAGAUAUUGGAAGGUACGAAGACUUCUGAUAACAGCAUCAAUUUAAAGGGCAUUAUAAUGGGGAACCCAAUCUUAGACCGGCAAAGUAUAGUGGACUACACCCGGGUGUUCUAUAACUGGGGCCUGGUCGACUCUCAGGGAGCGUUAGCAGCGAAAUCACUCCAGGAUCAAUUCAACAAAGCCAUUCAGGACGAAGACGCUCUCGCUGCGUCCGAUCUACGCAACCGUGUUUUGGACAAGUUACAAGACAUCGCUUCCAAAGACGAAACCUACAAUUUGCUGAAGGACCACGCCAUCGCACACGUUAAAGACUUUAUCCCGUAUAUAACGCAAGAUUCCAUCCGGGAUAAAAUCCACGUCGGUAACAAAACGUUCAACUUUAGCAACAAUGAUGUGCAGAAAUAUCUCAGAAAGGAUUUCUUAGCGUCCGUGUCUUCGAAAGUCGAAGAACUGCUGGAACACUACAGAGUCUUAAUAUAUUGUGGGCAGCUGGACCUCACGACGCCGUGCGUGCUGUCGGCGGAGGCUCGCCGGCGGCGCUGGCGCUGGAGCCGCCGGGGGGAGUUCCUCGACGCCCCCCGGACGCCGUGGUGGUUCAACGGGACUGUAGCUGGGUACGUAAAGUCAGGAGGCGGGUUCACCGAAGUACAAGUCAACGGUGCGGGUCACUUAGUUCCAAUGGACAAGCCAUUGCAAGCAAAGUCACUCAUCUCUAGCUUCAUUCUCAACCGGAACUUGCCCAUGCCGCCAACCUACAAAAUUAACUACGAUGAUAUCCCGAUUUACGAAGAAUAUACCGACCUCGGUCACUAUGAAAACUCGGAGUUUAAAAUUGGUUUGAUCGCCAGUGUGGUCGUUAACGUGUUGUUGGUGAUAGGGGCAGCUGCGGGGUUGGUGGUGUUUGUGAGGUGGAAGAGACAGAACGAAUUCUAUUACUCGCCUCUGAAUGAAGGUAUACUGACGAUGACGUGAUGUCGUCACAGCGAGACUGACAAACGAUAAAUUCGACCCAUACGACUUUACUAGGCUCCUCGUUCUGAUGACGUAAUAUAUGCAACGGCUAUGACUUAAUAUAUGCAACGGUGAUGGCGUCUUCCUGACCGAUUUCGGCCACGGCAGUCAUUCGGAAGAGAAAUUCGCGGUACGUAUUAUAGUGCACGAGUGUUUAUGCAAACCGGCAUUCUGUAUUCUCCCACUCUCAUAAUCCGAUGGGACUGCCCGGCCUACACGACCGGAAAGAAUUCAGGCGCAGGACCAACGGCUUUACGUGCUUUCGAGGCACGGGAGUGUACGAUUGACAAUUUUUAGACUCCGGGCUGCUACUGAGAAUUUAUCGAAAGAAAAACCCAAUAACCUUUGAAUGGCCUAAACCGGAGCUUGAAACCAGGACUUUAGUAUCAACUAAUAUGCCAUCGGUACUGAGCGCGCGAAGCAGAGCGGGAAGGGUCUCGUAUUCCAGCGAGGUGUCUAAUCAAGUCGCACGUGUUGUAUUAAGUAAUUCUUCGAAUUAAAAAUAUAAAUUGUAUUUUUACAAGCACUUUUAUAUUGUAACCAUUUUUGAUUAUAUUUAGUAGCGAUAACAAUAUUAAUCAUAAUAUAAUCACAAACGCAUGAUUCUCACCUCUGAAUAACUAUUACUUUAAGUUUUAAUUAAACUAAUUUUAAUUCCUGUCUAUUAAAUUGGCUAUUGGCUUCAUUCACGAGUGAAAUAAAAUUAUGUUAUGCAAUAAUUUUAUAUAUAAUACAAUUCGUUGGAUUAUCUAAUAAAUAAAUAAGAACAGUACAAGGCACUAAAAAGUACAACACAGUACAUAGACAUAAAACGUUGUAUCAGAAUCGUUUCAUUUUAUUUUUUUAUUUUUUUUUAUUUUAUUUUAUUUAUUUGGGAAACAUACAGCAUAAUAUAAUACAUAAAAUUUAGUAACAAAAUAAAUUUCACUUAAGCCAACAAAGUUUCCACUUAUACAAACAAACAAACAUGGAGUGAACCUAACGAUAACAAGUUAUUUAACAAUUUAUUAAGAUAUAUGAAUAAAGUAUUAAAAAUAAUUUAAAACAGAAAAAAAAAAAAAAAAAAAAAAAAAAGAAAAAAAAAAACGUUACAUUUCUAUAUGUUCUAUACGUUGCACUUAACAUGGAAUUUUACUUUGAUCACGGCAAUAAAAUAGUUCACCUCAUAUAAAAAGCACCUUUAUAAAUAGUCGAUUUACUCAAAAUUUUCAUUAAUCAAAAUAAAAUACAGGAAAUAUAAUUUACAACUUUUGAUAAUUCUAUUAAUAUUAAACUUUUUAUAUAUAAGAAUUUAAUAUUUGUCUAUUUAUAAAUAUACUGCGUAAUUUGUAAUUCAACGAAAACUAAUUAGGUACCUACAUAGUUUUUAUAAUGAAGCCGCAAUUUUAUAGAAACAAACACGGGCAAAGCGUUUUUUUUCAUUUAUUGGACUAAAAUUAAAAAUAAUACGACACUAUUAAGUCGUUGAAGAAUCAUCUAUUUUUUCUUUUUUAGUUUCCAUUAAUGUAAUAAUAAUUAUGAGAUUUAAGUGCGAACACAAUUUAUCAAUCCGCAAAUAUUUCUUCACUAAACGAUUUGGUUCUAAACUAAUUGCUUAAGUAAUGAUAAUAAAUAAUAAUAUUUUUUUUUUACAAAGCCGUUGGUCCUUCGACUGUUUCUCUAGUCGGAUUGCCGUCCAUCGUAUUAUGUAAGUGCACUCUGCCUUGUGCACUUUUAAAAAUCCUAGCCUUCUUUAAAAAUCAUAUUUGAAUAACAGUUGAAGUACCUACAUUGUUUGAAAUUGUAAUUUUAUAUAUAUGAUAAUAAUAAAUCUUUAUAUUUUCGUAAUAUUUAUUAAGAAUUAUAUUUAAAUGUUUUAAAAAAAUAUUAUUUAUAUUUGAAAGUAUUUAUAUAAAUAGUUGUCUUUAUUGUCAUUUUUUAAUGUUAAUUAAUCUCGUGCUCGUGAAAUCCUGUCACAUGUGUAUUCACCGAGCAAAUCUUCUCCUUAAAUGGAGGGGAUGUUUUACCCUAUUUACAUAUACAGGCUAUAUAAAAUGCUAAAAUGUUUUUCAACAAAGAACACAUAACAAUUGUAAAUCUUCACAAACACUCAUGUCUACGCGCUUGACGACAUAUCAUAAUUUAUAACGAACGAAACUUAAAAUUAAGACUUUUGUAAUUUUAUAUUUUUAUAUAAUUGUUUGUAAUAAUGUUAAUGUAAAAAAAAUCCAUUGUUUUUUUAACCUUUUUUUGUAAAAUAAAAGGUUUAAAUGAUUUUACACAAUGCUUUAUAGAA